AUGUUAACAGUCGACUUCAACUCAUACCUUCAAACUGUUCCAGAUAGAUUGGGAUGGUCUCUUGAUAUCUCUGAUAUUUUUUCAGUUUCUUCAACUCGUUCAUUUCUCGACAAUGGGCUGAUUACUUCGACAGAUAUGACUACGAGAUGGAAUAAUUGGGUUCCUAUUAAACUCAAUAUUCUUACAUGGAGGGUGAAACUUCAGAGCAUUCCUACGAGGGAGAGACUUUCAUCUAGAGGUAUUCUGGUAGAGACGAUCAUGUGUCCUAUAUGUUCCUGUUCGGUGGAGACUAUUCAUCAUCUUUUUGCUGGAUGCUCUGAUCUGAUGGAUAUUUGGACACGUAUUGCUAUAUGGUGGGGUCUAAAUCUCCCGAAUCCGAUUACUAUUCAUUCUCUUCUCUCUUGGUCCGAUAUAGUGACGUUGAGGGCUAGUCAACGUAAAAUUUUUGAUGAAGUGGUUAUAACAACAUUUUGGUGCAUUUGGAAUUUCAGAAAUGCCAUUAUUUUCGGCACGGUUAUUCCUAAAAAAGCUUUGCUCUUCGAUGACAUAGUUCAUAAGGCUUUCUUUUGGAUUUCAAAUAGAUGUAAAAAAGCUAAGUUAGGAUGGUCUACUUGGCUUCAUAAUCCCUCUUUUAUUACCAUGUAA